AUGGAAGGUCAAGUCUCUACAACUUCUGCCGCAUGGUGCGCCUUCUAUGGUGCGGGAAUCAUUGGAACCUUGGUGCUCUACGGCAUUCUGCAGGAAGGCAUCAUGACGGUGUCGUAUGACGGCAGCCUUUUCACAUACUCAGUGUUUCUCGUGCUUUGCAACCGAUUGGCCGCCGUUCUCUUCGCUGCAUCAAUGGCAUUCGUCAAGGGUGAGAGAAUGCAGAAUGAGGCACCCAUUUGGAAAUAUCUGAUCGUCUCCUUGUCGAAUGUCUACGCCAGCUCUUGCCAGUACGAGGCGUUGAAAUAUGUGUCUUUUGCUGUGCAGAUGCUUGGGAAGAGCUUCAAGAUGAUGCCCGUGAUGAUUUGGGGCAUCAUCAUCUCCGGAAAGACAUACGGAAUGAGGGACUGGUCGGUGGCACUCGCUGUCACACUGGGCUGCACGGAGUUUCUGAUGACCGGUCCCAUGCACUCGAAGGUGAGUUCCGCCAACAGCUUCAAGGGCUUCCUUCUUCUGGGCGGCUUCCUGGCUCUUGACGGGCUAACUUCAACCUUCCAAGAAAAGCUCUUCAAGGAGCACAAAACGACGAAGUACAAUCAGAUGUUGUACAUCAAUCUCCUGUCGGCCACUGUCUCUCUGGCGACAUUGCUGGCCCGUCGCCUGGAGACAGAGCUGCGUGCGGUGUGUCGUGAAUGUUUAUGUUCCUGCAGCACCACGGUCCGGCAGCCACCAUGUGCCGCUGCAAUCUUUCUCUCAAGUACAGAUAAUCCACCUGGAUGGCUGCUGUUUCAUCUGUGCCGCUUGCAAAGCAAGGCUUCGAGGUGGAGCUUCAUCCCAGGGCUUCUUCAGCCCAGCUUCUCUGACCUGGGGGAAAUUGAGGCAAGUGGAUGA